CAUCUAUUAACAAACAACCAAAUGUGCUGUGGCAAAUGGCAAUAGAAAUUUAAAUAAUACUAACUACACACACGAGAUACUCAACUCUGAAACUAGUGUAUAGCUAUAGUACCUAUUCGUUUUAUUUAUUUAUUUUUUAAAUUUAAUUACAACAGCUUUAUUCGUAUAAAAUUGUAUAAUGAUCAUACCGUUGUGUAUAACAGAACUGAUUAUAAUUUUGAGCGUUUUGACACAAGGACUCGGUUAUUACUUAACGAUUGAUGCUCACACCGAAGAAUGCUUUUUCGACAAUGUCGAAGUUGGAACUAUGAUGAGUUUUAUGUACGAGGUAUCAGAAGGGGGUUUUUUGGAUAUUGACGUUAAUGUAAUUGAUCCGGACGGUGAAAUCAUUUACGAGGGGUAUCGAGAAUCGAGUGGCAAAUUUCCUUUUGUCUCUGCUAAAAAAGGCAAGUACACGUAUUGUUUCAGCAAUGAAAUGUCCACGAUGACACCAAAAGUGGUACUGUUCGAUAUGAAAAUAACUGAUCUACAAAAAGACGAAGACAAACAAAAGUAUGAAACUUCAGACGACAAAGAACAAGCACAGAGGGAUUUGGAAGUUACGUUGAGAACCUUGGAAAUCACUAUGAGGAACGUACAAUAUGAACAGGAAUACAUGAACGUAAGGGAUAGAAAUCAUAUGAACAUAAACGAGUCCACUAAUAAGUGUGUAGUGAUAUGGGCGUUUCUCGAAUGUUUUAUUUUGCUGACAUUGACGGUUGGCCAGGUAUUUUAUCUAAAACGAUUUUUCGAAGUAAGAAGAGUUAUAUAAUUAUUUGAUUUAGCUAAUAACGUAGGUAUAAACUGUAAGUUUUAUGUCAUAUUAAGCAUUAUGGUAUUAAAUAGUUUUGACACUUUAUGAGAGAAUAAGAGUCCAAUUUUUUAAUUGGGACUCUUCCUAUAAAAGUUUUGCUGUUAUUUACUCGGUUUACGUUAGUUGUUUAAAAAUGUAUUAAUUACUACAUACCCAUGCUAUCACAUGAGUCAUGACUGUCAUAUUCUUACUUAUAUAAUUAUUAUCUAUAAAUAAUAUAAUAUAUUGCAUGUUAUUGAAGUUAAUAUUUAGUUAAAAAUCUACAAUAAUAAAACAUAUUCAAAACAAAAUGAAUCGCCAUUUUUUAAACAACACGUUGUAGUAAUAUGUUUAAUGUUUAUAAUUUAGGUCAUUCGUGUUUGUACAUAUUACAUA